CCGACCUGGCCAGGCGGACUUUAUCACGAGGUCGGUGUAAAAUGGCGGAGGGAGGGGACGGCGUGAGGGUGUGUUUACGUUGUCGGAAAGUCUUUCAAAUUCCCGAAUUGCCUAAUACCACUUCAGAACAUCUUCCAUACUUGCUGCAGUGUGAGCAUGUCUUUUGUGGGACAUGUUUAAAAGUCCAACAUAUAAACUCUGACGUCAUCUGUCUGUUGUGUCAGGUUCCAACACCAGUGGAUGCAGAUACUGGAGUGGAGGCUCUUCCACUUGAUAAAUACAUCAUUGGUGCAUUAUAUGCAGAAAAGAUGUUUCAUAAUACAAAGAACAAUGCCCAGAUGGUUACUGAAGAUUCUGAAGUUUCCAAUGACUCAGAGCAAAAAAAUAAAGACAAUAAGCUUCCUGUCACAGAAAGAAAAUUAUAUCAGGAAUGCAAACAUCUGAAGUCAGAAUUAGACACUUCAGAUUUUGACAAGAUUUACUGGAGCCAAAAAGGGAUACCUGCAAGUUUCUCCAAACUAACGAAGCUGAAUGGUGAAUGUGAAAGAAGCAUCAUGUGCCCAGAAUUGUCAGCUACGAGAAAGGAACGUCAGGAUUACUUAGAAUUGAAAAUGAAGAAAACAAGCCACAAUGGGGCAGAAAGAGCCAAGAUUGGUGGUGAGAUGCUCAACAAUCGACGCCUUGUCCAUUAUCAGGAGAGAAUCCUUGCUUUAAUGGGAGAACACCAUGACUGUUCAUGUGGGGAACCUGAGACCUCCAUGUCAUUGGAACCAAAUACCCAGGAACUGCAACAUGUCUCGAUGGCGGAGGAAGAGCACAUAAGCAGCAAAGAUGAAGACACACUGUUACCUGAUUGCAUAUUCUCAGACACCAGCUUAGACAGUGACACAAUGUGUAACUUUGAGGAGAGGAUAGAGGCAGGCUCUACGCAGACAACUUAUCAUGCUCUAUGUGUUCUACUCAUUCUCCGAGUCAUGCUUGAUGCCAAGAAGAAGCCAUACUAG